GGCAAACUUGCAUACCAUCCAUCACCUAGUAACAAUGUGUAGAACACACACACAAACCACCUUCUCCAUUUCCACCACCACCACAAUACACCAAAAAUCAACACAACAAAACCCACCCGCGCCGCCGCAGGUGGAGUUAACGGUCGAUUUAACAACCUUCCCUAACGCUGUCGCGCCCCAUGAUGGCAUUUUCGUAAUAACAAAAUCCAGGAUACUUCCAGUCAUUUCACGGUUCCAUGCAGGCUACUUUCGCAUAAGUCUUUCCCUUUGUUGGCAAACCCUACUUUGGAAAACCCUUGUGGAACCGCCGGAAAACGCCCACGCUUACCGGAGAAUGCUAGGAUUUAUCCCCUACGCCGCAUUCGUCCUCAUGUGGUCGUUAUCUUUAUUCAUUCUCGUAUCACUUUCCAUCUUAUACAUUUUAAGAUGCACCUUAUUAUCCAACAAAGUUAAAGACGAAUACCUAAAUCAUAUUAGCGUUAAUUACCUUUUUGCCCCUUGGAUCUCAUGGCUUCUUUUACUCCGAUCAUCGCCAUUGUUCGCUCCAACGACAGUUUAUUAUAACAUUCUUUUUUGGGUAUUUGUUUUUCCAAUAUUUAUUCUUGACGUAAAAAUAUACGGGCAGUGGUUCACAAAAGGAAAAAGGUUUCUAUCAACAGUUGCAAAUCCAGCAAGUCAACUUACUGUGAUCGGAAACUUUGUGGGAGCACGGGCAGCUGCCCAGAUGGGAUGGAGAGAGUGUGCCAUAAUUAUGUUUUCAUUAGGACUUAUACAUUAUCUUGUGCUAUUUGUGACGCUUUAUCAGAGACUGUCGGGAAACAGCUGCAUGCCGGCAAUGCUCCGGCCGGUUAUGUUCUUGUUCAUCGCUGCUCCGAGCAUGGCCGGCUUGGCUUGGGGUUCGGUUUCGGGCACGUUUGAUUGUUCAUCAAAGAUGCUUUUCUAUCUUUCUUUGUUUCUGUUCUUGUCUCUGGUUUCAAGGCCCAAUUUGUUCAAAAAAUCAAUGAAGAAGUUUAGUGUGGUAUGGUGGGCAUACUCAUAUCCGUUAACAAUAUUGGCAUUGGGUUCGAUAGAUUAUGCACAGGGAAUGAAGACUGAUGUUGCUCAUUUGCUUAUGCUUGUUCUUACGGGACUUUCGGUAUUGGUUUCGUUUGUUUUAAUGGUGUAUACAGCUCUCAACACGAAUAUCUUGUUGCCUAGAGACGGUGACGAUGACCAUCUUGGCCAUGUUUGGUGACUAGUUAUUUGGGAGUUCUACAAACCUUCAAAGAAAAAGCUAGUAAUCUAUGCGUUUAAAAAAUUCACUUUAACUAUUGUUGUAUUUACUGUUGACAUAUAUUACUAUUCCUUUUUUAACCGGAGAACAUGCUAUAGAAAAACUCAUUAAAUUUGUUAACCAAUGGGAAUAGCUAAUUGACACUAUUAAUACGAUGAUUU